CCCUCCCCUUUACUGCUGAUGGGAGAGUUUUCCAGAGAACCUGGCAAGAAGCAGCGUGAACGUGCUGAUGCGAAUUUCGACGUUAAUCUGCGGCAGAGCGAGUGGCGCAUUUUUAAGGGGCAGCCGGGAGAAAUCUGGACACCGCUCCCAUGGAGCGCCGCGAGCCCACGCUAUUGAGAUGAAAUCUCACGGACGGAAUCGGGUGGACGCGGCUGCUGCAUCAGCGUCCGAGCAAAAUGCUGCCCUGUUCAGCCGCAGCCCAUAAAUAGCGGGGCUGCCGCCUGCCACCAGCGCGGGAGCUCACCAGGAGAGGCACGAUGACCGAGCAGCAAAGUUCCCCCGAGCAGAUGGCGACCGGGGAGGGCGCAGGCGAGUACGGUGGCAACUACAAGGUCACCAUCUACGAGCUGGAGAACUUCCAGGGCAGGAGGUGCGAGCUGACGGAGGAGCUCCCCAACGUGGCUGAGAAGGAGCUGGAGAAGGUUGGCUCCAUCCAGGUGGAGUCCGGCCCGUGGCUGGGCUUCGAGCGACAAGCCUUUGCCGGGGAGCAGUUUGUGCUCGAGAAGGGGGACUACCCGCGCUGGGACUCCUGGUCCAACAGCCACAACAGUGACAGCCUGAUGUCCAUCCGCCCCCUCCAGAUCGACAGCCCCGACCACAAGAUCCACCUCUUUGAGAACGUGGGCUACACCGGGCGGAAGAUGGAGAUCGUGGACGACGACGUCCCCAGCCUCUGGGCCCACGGCUUCCAGGACCGCGUGGCCAGCGUCAGGGCCCUGAACGGAACGUGGGUGGGCUACGAGUACCCGGGGUACCGGGGCCGCCAGCACGUCUUCGAGAAGGGCGAGUACCGGCACUGGAACGAGUGGGACGCCAACCAGCCCCUGAUCCAGUCCGUGCGCCGCGUGCGGGACCAGCAGUGGCACCAGCGGGGCUGCUUCGAGAACAGCUGAGGGGCGCCCCCGGCCCCGCGCCCCCGCCCCCGCCCGGCACGCCGGGGGCAGGCUGUCGUGUGCUGCAGCUGGCGCCGUGACCUUGGUGUUUAUUUUGUGCAAAAACCUCAAUAAAACUCUGAGCUGGA